AUGAAUGUAUUGUACCCUAAACUCGCUUUUGUUGAUCCAGCAUCCAGAAGGGCUUCGGUGUUUUACGUGGCGGCGAGAUUGUUUAGAGGGGUUUUGUGCCUCGAAUUUGUCGUGUCCUUGUUGAAUUGGGAAUUAGGGUUAGGGUUUUCUUGUAAUUUUAGGGCUUCUCCUGGAUUGAAACGGCCUUUUGAGGACGAGGAGCUGCAGGAAUUACCUUUCAAGAAUCCAAGACAUUUUGGCUAUAGCAACAAGCUGACUCAGUUUGCUGAUACUAUUCCCCGUUGUAAUACUCCAGAGAAACCUCAUAUUUCAGUAGAAGUUGACGGUGGAUUUCGUAAUUACCAAUGGGAUGAAGCAUUUGACACUGAUGCUCUUAGUGAUUUUACACAUUUGGUUGACAAGGACUUUGAGACUAGUGCUCCUUUGUCUUUGGUUACUAGCACUUCCAAUGAAGAAAAUACUGGUUCUGUGGCAGCAUUUAUUUCACCUGUUCCCCCAGAAUACUUUGACUUAGAUUUCCCACGAAGAAUGUUUGCUCCUGUUGAGGAUGCCUAUUCUUUACUCUUGGAUCAGUCUCCUCGAAGACAAGUUCUGCUUGGGCCAAAUCAUCAAGCCAAUGUUCCAUCAUGGGGUGGGCACAUGAAGAAGGAUAGGUUUGCUCGGAAUGGUGCGUCAGAUGCCAAUGAUAAUGACUAUGAAGAGAUUAUGAUGGGAGCAUGUGUCAUUCCAAUGCCUGACUCAGAUUUGUCCGCAAACAACAGUGGCAAAGUUGGAGCUGGCAGAACUGAGUGUAGCUGCUUGGAUAGGGGCUCAUUGAGACGUGUGCAACAGCAUGCCAUCGAGGCAUGA